GGAGAAACAAAGCGAGUCUUGCGGGAGGAUAUCGGACGACAACCAUCCUUCCAGGACGUACACAAGUUCACGGAGGCAUACACGAUCGUGCGUAACGUAUCGGUCACUGUUUCCACUAGGAACGUCAUCCAGGCAGUAAAUAUCCGAGAUGCUGGCGAUAUUCUUGAUGCUUGUGGUGACGCUUUCGGGGUACGAGGCCGAGGGUAGCGUCUUGGUAGCGGACAUGUCCAUGUCCAGAAUGGUGGAACUGAACGCGGACGCACCGUUCUGUGCCCUCUACACCGACCGUGGCGUUAUACAAAGGAUGGUCCUCGGCGCGGACCCCAAGAAAGUCCGGCAAAUGUCUAGCAAUCUCGUCGCGGACCUGGAAGAAACAUGUAAAGCGUCUCGAGACAAGGGAAAGAAUCAGCCUGCGGGCGGCGGACUGAUCUAUCCGGGAACAAAAUGGUGCGGGCCGGGUACCCUGGCUAAGUCGUACGACGAGUUGGGUCAACACGCAGCGGAGGACUCCUGCUGUAGGGAACAUGAUCAUUGUCCGAUCACGUUAGCGUCGCAGCAAUGCAUACAUACUAUUUGCAACAAUUCGCCGUUCACACGGUCCCACUGCGACUGUGAUGCCAAGUUCCGUAGAUGCCUUCAGAACCUAAACUCGGAGGUGGCCAACACCCUCGGCGCUCUUUUCUUCAAUGUCAUACAAGUGACUUGUUUCAAGGAGAGACGCCCGUUGGGGAACGGGUACGCGGAAUCCGUGUCUAACCGGUUGUGCUCGCAGUACCAUUUCCGUCCCAGCGAUAAGUAUGUACCGCUGAUGCCUCUGAACAUCAACUAGCUACUCCGAAAGCGCAAGAAAAACGGACCUGACAGCCUUUGAGGUGCUGCCCAGUUAACAGAGUCCCAAAUGAGCAUGAUAAUUGCCUGCGUGCGUUAACCAUCGGCCAUUUUAUCUGCACGUAACAUCUGUGUUUUUCUUGCGAACAAAAUCAAAUCUGGCAGGAGAACCCCGAAUUCUCGACUUUUCUCGAUUUAUUAUGGGUAUUGAAAGACGAACGGUGCAAUUCAAUUUAUCUGAUUCGAUUCGGAUAAUUAGCUUGGUAACUGGAAAAAAAUCUGCCCCUAGAACACGUACAUACGAAUUCGAGGGCAGCAGUGGUAACUAAUGUGUGAAACGGGGUCCAUAUGAAAUCGAGAAACUGUUAUGUAAAUGUAACAACAGCCACGUUCGUUGCACGUCCACCUGGCGUCCUUGCAAUUCCGGUGCAGCGAACAUAAACAUCGAGGCCACCGUGUGCAAGUUUCUUCGUUCACCCUUUUCGUGUCGCGAUUCUCAAAGGAAACACAGAAUACAAGCAAAUCAAUUUCCAUCAUCCACAUUCGACCACUCGUAUCCAAUUUAAAUAAGAACUGCUUCUUGCUACGGAAAAGCAUUGCCAAGUGUGAAUCGAGGAUUUUUUUUUUAUAAAUCGAAGGAAAAUAAUUAUAUUAUCGAAGUACAUAAAUUGAAGUGAACUGGUACCGUUCGUAAUACGAUUUCACAAUUACUGCUCAACUUUACUCUUUAAUUGUAUGCAACUGUAAAGGUAAUAGCAUAAACGAUUGACCCUCUGACAUUGCUGGCACAAAACUUGUUUACUGAGAUUGAGUCAUGCGAAGGAACCAAAGAUUUCUUAACGAUAAGAGGAUUUGUGAGGAACAAUCGCGCAAUGAAAGAGGGUUCUAUUGUAACUGUAUUACUGCAACAAGGUUCGCGUUUCUUGCAUAUCACUCGUCGCCUUCGCUGUCCCGCGAAAUAUGCAUGUAAUUGCAUAACGGCACGUAGCUUCGGAACGGUUUUCUAUAGAUUAAGGCUCUUUAUUAAAUUGAUGAAUACUGUCGAAUAAGUCAAAGGUAUUCGGAAUAGAAAUUCAAAGUUUUAUAUAUUUUUCAUUAAAGUAACAUCAGCGAAAGAUUACAAUUCGAAGGAUAAUACGAUUAUGACACAUAUCGGUAUCGCUUGUGCAUCAAUUUAAUAAAAUUAUAAAGUACCAAUGAAUUGAUCAAGGUUUACGAUUUUCUAUCUUU